UGACAAAGAUGGCAACCAUAGUAACAGGGACGAUGGUUGGCGAUUGCGGUCGGAAGCCGGACUCGGUGUUGGGGCAGCGGUUGCAGGUUCUCAUCCCUGAGCGCAGGGACUCGGGCAGGAAGGCCGCCUUCAGCCGGGAGCUCCGCAAACUGUGGCUGCAAAUAGCCAAUUUAGAAAAAGACAAGAAUGCUCAUCUUUUCAAUAAAAGGAAUGAAUUUAGAGCUGAAUAUAGCACACUUGAAGAGCUGGAGCUGAAACUGACAAACAACAGGAAAACAGAAAAGCUGAAGAUUCAACAACGACUUGCAAAAAUACGUCACAAUGUGAAGAGAUUCCAGAGCCAACUUAUGGAUGUUAAGCCCACUCCAGAAUUUAUAGAAAAGUUGAAGGAAAUCAUGGAAGAAGUUGAAAACGCAAUCAGUAUCUUUAAAGAAGAACAAAGGCAGAUGUAUGAAGAACUUCUGAAGGAAGAAAAAACUACGACUCAGGAAAUUUCAGCUGUUGAAAAAAAAAUGGAAGUGUGGGCCCAGAUUCCACUAGAAGCCGUGAUACCCAGAUCCGCUGUAGCAAAAGGAAUAUCAACUAACUCUGGUCCAGACAAUGUGUUAGUUGAAAUUACAGAACUUGAUAAGUACCUUCAGCAGACUGGACGCCAAGGUGGUUGGGAUGAUUUUGAUCAUCAGGAAUUUCUUAAAGUCUGGACAAGACAUAAAGGAAAAGCAUCAUUUAUUGAAGAAGCUCUGCAGCAUUUGGUAGGGAGGACCCGUGAGGAUGUAAUGCAACAUGUGCAAUGGUACCAAGAGUUUCUCUUUCUAGAAGAGAGGCAGAAGGAGGCUAUUCAGAAAUGGAAAACAAAGAAGCAAAAUGAGAAAAUGAAGUUACUGAAGAUGCAAACAGAAGCGGAAGAGAAGACAAAUGCAGAGCGCCUAGCAAAAGAAAAGGCAAGACGGCUUAGGCUUGAGAAAGAGAGAAAAGAGCGAGAAGCUCAGCUGCAAUUGUGGAAGAAACAGAAAGAACUGGAACUUGCUCUUGAGAAAGAACAACAAAUGAAAGAGGAAGCAGAGAAAAUGAAAAGACAAAGGAAGGACAGUCAGAGGCGGCUUGAAAUCAAAAGAAUGCUCAAAGAUUUUACUGAACAAAAGAAGGAAAAAGAAGAAUUUCUACAACUGGAAGCACAAAUGAGAGAGGAAGCUGAGCGAGAGGAAAGGCAGUGGCUUGUGGCAAAAGAAAUCUCCAGAUUUCAAGACCGGGAUUUUCAAAAGUUGGAAAGCAAAUUAGCAGAAAAACGAAUAAAGCAAGAGAAGAAGGAUGAGCAAGAGAAGCGAUUAGCCAAACUGAAAGAGAAGAAUGAUGCUCAUAUACAAAGAGAUCCAUCUAGACUAUUGAAACCUACCAAAGGGUGGGAGCAACACAUAAAAGAGACAGGCCAAAAUGGUGGUGCCCCUAUGCUGUUUCUUCCCCAUCGAGCUAUUCCAUCUUGGAGGCAAGGGAUAUAACAGUAUUAUUCCAUGAGUUUUGAAGAAUUGUAAUGACCAUUAGAAGUAUAUAUUGCCUGUAUAAUUAAAUAAAUUGUGCAAGGCUUUUAAAGGAA